AAAGUUGCAAUAUUUUGAUUUUUUUCUAAAGUUGUCAACUUUUGAAGUUUUUGAACUUUUUUCGUACUUUUCUUCGUUUAAAAUGUAAAUAUCUGUGUCAUCAGCAACCUUAAUCUCUCAACAAUGGAUAAAGCUGUGCCUACAAUCGGUUCCAAACUGCGUAACGUCGGUCACGUCGAAGUAGUAACGUAUCACAAGCCGGAGAAAAGACAGAAAGACAUCAAUAGCCCUUCGUAUUCGCAAAAACCUCAACCUACGAACGAAUUCGACAUGAAGAAAGCUCGAAACGAAGCCAUCAAGUUGGGUAUGACCGGAUUCUUCAAGUAUAAAAGAGAGAAAACCAUGAGAGCCAUGGCUAUCGAACUAGGAGCUAAACCAGAUAAGAGAAAAGCCAAGAAUUACAAAGAUUUACAACAGCUGAGAAAAGAUAAACGACAGAAGAGGGAAGCUAGCUUAGCCAUGCUUAAAGAAAGUAGCAAUCUAUCAUCUUUGAAUCACUACAAGAAGAAAUUCGCUCGUAGGAAAGAAGAGAAAGCGAGGAAGAAAGAAGUUGAUAUUUUGAACAGUUAUGGAAAAGUGAAACGAAAAUGAUGAUUUUGAUGGAUUUUGGAGUAAGCUUCUGAGCUUUGUCGUAAAAAUGAGAAAGACUGAUCUCGUCGAUCUGGUGAAGAUGUGAACGCUUUUUGGAACUUCGGAAAGCAAAACGUCCAGCAAAUAGCUGCUCAUAUUCGACCUGCUUCCUAUACAGGAAUUGUUUUCAAUAAAUUAUGAUGUUUCAAGCAUCGGUUUUGUUAUUAACAUUGUAAAGAAUAAAAUUGUUUCGGUUUU